GCUUUGAUUCCUGAGAUGUUCAGUGGAGCCACAAGACAGUGAAGUUAGAGGGAGCAAAAUGUAGGUUGAAGUCUGGCUGUCUCACAUUGACUGAGACAGGGGCUGGAUAUAUCAUUGUAAAACUGAUUUUUGGUUCAAUAUAAAUUAUUUGAAACCUAGCAAAUCAAGGGUUUCCAGCAAAACAGAAGACAGAGCAACCAACUCUAAAAUAAUAAAGUUAUUAUAAUACUUGUGUUGUUGGACAAAACAUCUCUUCUUACGGCUAUACAACAGGUCUGACCCUUAUUUUCAUCUGUGUUACCAGUAUAGGCACUUCCUGGUGAAAUGUUACUGUUUCCUGUUACACUCAGAGUAACUGCAAAGAAAACAGAAGAGCCUUAAGAUGAAUAUCAAUUUCAAAGCCCAACCUGAGCCUGAGCUGACACCUUACGGGAAAGCAACUUACUUCGUUUGCAGGCACACUCCACAUCCUAAAACAGUGUGCCACAUUAAAGGUAAAGGAUUAAAUGAUGCCCCAAUCUGUGCUGUAAAAGACCGAGGAAUCAAUGAAGGACACGCCAUUUUACCAGGGCCAGCAUACAGUCAGCUAUACAAGCACACAGGAACAACUGGUGAUGCUUCUGUUCCCAGAAACACUCUGCCAAACCUACCCACGCUGAAAACUGAACAAUUUAUGAGAGAUGAGCUCACAAGAAAAAUAACAAACACCCCUAUGUUAAAGCAAAAGAGUGAUCUUGUGAGGAAACUUCCAGGAGAUCGUGCCACGGAUCGCCAUCUUUCACCUGGCCAGGUGAUGCGUUACAGGCCAGAAAUCACAGAGAAUUUUAAUUAUGCUCCAACCUACUUGGAAUAUGAAAUACAAAUACUUGAAAAGCUUCGUGAUAUUUUGCAGACAGAUUCCCUUGCAGAGAUCCAAAAUUGGCUUUCAAAAGCAAGUAUAAAAGAGAAAGAGUUUGUGUCAAAUUUCAUACGCUCUGAUGUGACCACACGUGACCUGUUGAAUUAUCAGCAAAAGGCAGAGAAGGAAAGUGAAGCACAGAAUCUGAAUGUGCGGUCUCUGAUGAAGUCUCAAAAAGGAGUUCAGAAAAGAAUACUAGAUGAAGACAAUCAGCCCAGGACUUCAACCCAAGGAUCAGAACCUCAUAAAGAUUCAAGAGCAGAAAGGAGCAGACAUAAUUCACUCUCGAGUGAGAAAAUCAGAAUCCCAACGUCAGAAGAUGUACCAUUAGAGGAUCCUUCCACCAGACAAUCCACUCGCCAAAGUCUCCCUCAGUCCCGUGCAACACUACAAACCAGCAGUCAGUUGCUGUACAGGAAGUCUCGCGCUAAGCGGCACCUCACUUCAAAAGAAGGAGCUCGUAUUUAGAAUCUCUGAAAGAAGUGGGCUAUUUUCUCCAAGACAACAUAUUGUACAGCUGUCUUAAGAACACACCUUCAAGCUCCCACUUAAAAAUAAAGCUGUUACCUAGGAAGUGUCACCUAAAUGCACACACAGGCUUGAAAUCUGGAACUGUGUAUUAAAAUGGUAAACCAAUAAACGUAUUUUUUCCUCA